CUCGCAUUCCAAGACUAAUAAAUACUACUACCCCUCUAACACUAAUCCAAAGUUUAUCCCAACAUUUGUUUUUCACUCUUUCUCAAAUACCCACUUCGAAAUCUUGAUUUUUUUGUCCUCCGUUUCCAAAUUGCCUAAUAAAAAUCUCAACUUCUCUAUGUUUUUUCACAAUUUGGAGGUUUAAUAAGAAACCCCAUCUCAUUCUUGUUUCAAAUUUGUUGAAUUUUUCCUUAAUUGAAGUAAAAAUUUCAACUUUGUACUUGAUAAAUGGAUAAAUUAGAUGAGUCAGGUGUGUUAUCUCUCAUAGGAAAGAUUAUGGUAGGUGUAAUUUUAUUUAUGUCAUUAGUGGUGGUUUUUAUAUUCUCACUUCAUGUUUAUACUAAAUGGUUCUUGAAUCGCCGGCGGGAAGAUACCGGCGGCGAUUCUGACGGCGGUGGUAGACGGAGAAAAGUUAAUGCUAAGGGACUUGACCCUUUAAUUCUUGAAACAAUUCCUAAACUUGCAUUUGAUGGUAAUGAAUUCAAAGAUAGGACAUUGGAAUGUACUAUUUGUCUUUGUGAGUUUUCUGAAGGUGAAAAGAUGAGAUUUUUACCAAAAUGUAAUCAUGGGUUUCAUGUUAAUUGUAUUGAUAUGUGGUUUCAAUCUCAUUCCACUUGUCCUCUUUGUCGUAACACGAUUUCAAUGUCUGAGGAAUUGUCAUUGGAGACAGUGGAAGAGGGUUGGGUUUUGGCUUCAGGUUCAGUUUCAACAGAGUUGCCUAUUUUCCCAACCAAUGUGUUAUUCUGGGGUAAUGAGACUCAAGUUAGCACCUUGUGUAAUCCUUGUUUGGACUCGACAGCUUCAACGAGUAAUCGAUCACAUGGAAUGUUGGUGAUCGAUAUUCCAAGGGAGAUUAAUGAACAAGAAGAAUCGAAAUAUGUAAUGCCUGAAAGAUUGAGACGUUUGAUGAGGCUUUUGAGCGGGGAUAAAAGGGUAUUUAAUUCUUCUAGUUCGCAAAAUGUAGAUAUAGAACAAGGUAGUAGAAGCCCGAGUUAACAUAGACUCAGAGGCUGAUCCAAGAUUUGAAAUUCUAACAUGUAUAAAGGAACAAAAUGUCAAUUACACCUAUUGCUCUUUUGAAGAAGUAAGCUUGGUUGCCUUUAUAUAUGCCUUUUCUCUUUUGUAGAACAGAAUGUAAUGUAAAAUGCAAGGUACAAAGUUCAUUUAUUCAUUACGUAGACAUCAAAGUUGACACUUUGAUGUUUGCAUCCUUUAGGUGUCUGGAGGAAGUGGAUAUAUUGAAAAACAAUUUCUUUUUGCAAA